AUGACAUUGACUGAAUUUUGUCUACUGAUAAAAACUGCUGAAUCAUAUUGGGAUGAUGAAGCUAAAGUUAAUUAUACAUAUUAUAAUGAUCAAUGGACUAAUGUUGGAGAUGUUAGAGCGGCAGCAAAAAAAGCUUUAUUUGUUAAAGCAAAUAAUUAUGGAGGUGCAUUUACUUUUGAUCUUCAUCUCGAUGAUCCAACUGAUGUUUGUCAUCAUGGAGAAACUUUUCCUAUUCAUCGUACAGUUGCUCGUUGUACCAGUGCUCAUAUUGAAAAUGUUGUUAAUGGAUUUUGUAAAGAAUUUAAAUUAAUCAAUAUCGAUGUUUAUAUUGGUGCUGUUCAUGAAUAUAAAGAUGUAGUCAUUGAAGUUAUAUCUUUAUCGAGUUAUAAUAAUAAACAACUUUGUUUAUUAGUAUUUGAUUGUUAUAAAGGAUUUGAUUAUCCAAUUUUAACAUGGAAUGUUACAUUUCCUUCCAACAAACCAAAACUAUUACCACAACCACCACGACCGUCAAAAGUAAAUUACCAAUAA